CCUUGUUCCAAACGACUGUCUACUUGCGAUAUGGCUAUAUGAGCGCGGGGGGCAUUGAGGAAAAGCCGGAGCAUCAGCUGUGCUAGUCACGCACCAGUACCUUAUCAAACAAGUAUCUACAAAGUAGGUCGACUGCGUUUCUUGGUUUCAGAAUCGACAAACUCAGCCCAUAGCCUCCGGCUGUGCGAAUACAUAUCCGCGCAUCAGGGAGAAGUCGCGUCAAGCACUGUUUUGCGAUCAGAAAGUAGGCACAGAGAAAAAUGCGGAGAAUUUCGGAGAAUCCGGGCGACAUAUCCGCCCAGCAGGAAUAAUACACAACGCCGUGUCAGACUACGCAUAUCUUGCUCUUUGCCGGUUCGCUAUGAUGACGGAAAUCUGUGAAGUUACAGUUCUGUGCCUGAAGCCUGGAAUUGAUCUUUCAACCCCAGAGAAUCAUGACAAAUACACCACCGGCAUCAAGAUCUUGACCAGUCAGCCUGGGUUUAGGCUACUGCAGGAAGGCCGGUCAAUGAUCGAGGAGGAAUUAUUGGUCUGGUUGAUCGAUUGGAACGACCUCCUCGACCACGAGGCAUUCAUGGCCAAAUCGGAGCCGUAUUCGAAAAUGGUCGACGCCCUUCUUUCGAUGUGUGAUACAGAACGCAAUGACUUCCUUGAGAUCAAGCACCUUCCACCAUCGUCAUCUUUUCUGGACGUGACUUUGGCCGAUCCGCAAUCUGCGAACCAAUUGACAACAAUUUUAUGGCUGCGAACUCCGGAGGAAGGAUCAUUGGGGCAGUUUGCUGCAGCGGUCAAAAGACUGCGGGGUGAACUUGAGCAAAAUGGGCAUACAGUAUCGGGUGGUAGCCCUGUGGAAACAUCUGGGGAAGCUAUCUUGUUCGUACAGUUUCACGAUGGGGCUCCGGGACUCAAGAAAGAGGAGAUUGCCCGGAUUCUUGGGCGUGGAGCGAACAUCAGUCGCUCCGGUGUUUUUAACAUGUCCAACCAUGCUUAGACGUGUAUAUAUGCAUCCACCCCAGCGAUAAUCCAAUACAACCAACCAAACAUAUACUUGGGCUUCUAUAGAUAAUAAUGUCGAACGUGC